ACGGACGGUGCGCCGAGAUGGUGCAUCAAUGCACAAGCAAAGGCGAUUGGCACAAUUUGUUAACCGAAGAAAAAACGCACAAACUUCAAGGAUUGCUGCUAAUUGGGAUUUAUGAUGUGUUCAAUUGUUGAGUGGACGAUUUAAUUGCUGGUGAUACUGCGUGAGCAAGACUAAUGAAACUGCUGAAAACGUCUCAAUAUUAUCAAGACGUGAUUCUUUCCAAAUGCUGCAACGGGAGAACAAGGUUUAAUCGUAUAAGUCAAAACAGAAAAUGUCAAUGCUUUUCCAGCCCAUCAUCUUCCUUAUCUUUCCUAUGUCUGGUCACCAAGAAUUCCUUAAGGGAUUAAGCUAACAACACCCCAAAAAAGAUAUUUCCCAAGCCUCCUCUCUCUGUGACUAAUCUGAAAUCCUCCCUCCUUCUGGUACCGACAUGGCUGCCGCUCCUGAUGUGGCCUGCCUAUCAGAGAUGGGUGGAAUCACGGGUCAAAACCUCAGCCUGUCCUAUGGUCCUGAACCCUGUAACCAGAGUGCUCUCCGAACCCAGCCUUAUUCCCCAGAAGCCACAGCAGCGUUCGCCAUAGCCAUCACUCUCAUGAUGAUCUUCACCAUUGUGGGAAACAUUCUGGUCAUCAUCGCCGUUCUGACCUCCCGCUCGCUCCGAGGCCCGCAGAACCUCUUCCUCGUGUCUCUGGCGGCGGCGGACAUUCUCGUGGCCACCCUCAUCAUCCCGUUCUCCUUGGCCAACGAGCUGCAAGGCUACUGGGCCUUCCGCUCGCUGUGGUGCGAGAUCUACCUCGCGUUGGACGUCCUCUUUUGCACCUCCUCCAUUGUCCACCUGUGUGCCAUUUCGCUGGACCGCUACCUGUCCAUCUCUCAGCCCAUGUCUUACACGGCGAGACGCACCCCCAAGCGCAUCAAGGCGGCCAUCGUCGUGGUGUGGCUGAUCUCGGCGGUCAUCUCCUUCCCCCCUCUCCUCUCCCUGGACAAGAGCGAAGGAGGGGUGGAGGUGUGCGAACUGAACAGCGAGCGCUGGUACAUCCUCUACUCCACCAUUGGCUCUUUCUUUGCUCCGUGUUUGAUUAUGAUCCUGGUGUACGUGAGGAUCUAUCAGAUCGCGAAGCAGCACACUCGCUGUCCCCCUGGGGAGAGACGCAAGGAGACCGCCCAGGGUGCCGACGUCGCGGCUUUGGACCAACGGCAGAAAUCCUCCAGCCCGUCGCGAGGCGGCCCUCCAAAGAGUCCUCACGUCUCUCCUCCCUCCCCCUCUCCCCCUCGGGCCCGGGCAGAGACGCCCGGCAACGAUCUCCGGCCGCCCGAGGGACAGCCUCCGGCCUCAUCGCAGGUCCCCGCUGCCGUGGGUCCACCGGCCUCCCCUCCCACCUUCCCUUCCCUUCAAGGAAACCCACCUCCAGCUGUCCCCGACCCCCAGGAAGCCUGCAGACAGCCUCACCAAGCUGCGGAGACACACACGGGAUCUCUCCACGACGACAGUUCCUCCUUCGGCUCGGAGGUGGAGGCGGAGACGAGGGACCAUGGAGGAGAAAACGGCCGAGGGCAGGGCGGGCCCGAGAAGAUGAGGAUGACCACACGAGGGCUGUUCCAAAGCAAAAAGUUCAAAGGUCAAGUUCAAAGCCUGGCCCAGAGGUACAAAAACACAGUGGCCACGCCCACCGGCACCAAGCUGGCCUCUGACGGGCUGCCCAAGCCCGAGGGCACGCCCAUGUCACGGCGCAAGGCCAUGGUAAACCGAGAGAAGCGUUUCACCUUUGUGUUGGCGGUGGUAAUCGGGGUGUUCGUGGUCUGUUGGUUCCCCUUUUUCUUCUCCUACUCGCUGGUGGCUGUCUGCCCAGAGACCUGUUCCCUCCCCAAGCCACUCUUUACGUUUUUCUUCUGGAUUGGCUACUGCAACUCCUGCCUAAACCCUGUGAUAUACACCAUCUUCAACAAGGACUUCCGGAAAGCCUUCAAGAAGAUCUUGUCGAGGAACACCAAGGGCACCUACUUCUAAAGUGAAGCUUGCGCAAGGACAGAAUGCCUUUUAGGUAACGAGGACAAACAAAUGGUGUACGCUCCUGCUUCUCUUUUGUUUGCUAAACGAACGCGGACGAAUGCUUCAAUGUACAGUAUUAAGUAACUGGAUUCUAGAUUGUUUGUGGAAAGGAUAAUAAUAAUAUCUUUAUUAAUCGGCAUCAAGGUGUUCAAAAAAUGUAUGUCAUUUAGAAACUACUUGUGAGUGUCAAGAUCCAGAACUAUCUUCAGUCUUUCCAGAACCUGUGUAUUAGCCUGGAGCAUUAGACAGUCACAAUGCAAAGAAACAGUAUCAAAUCAAAUUUCAUUUGAAUUGCCUUUUUUGCAAGCUGCAUCACACAGGGAUUGGCAUACACCCACAGAACUGCACCUAAACCAACCAAAAACCCUCCAAAAAGACAGGGACAAACUCCCAUGGAAGCUCAGAGAGAAAAAUGGCAGAAACGUACAGUAGGACAUAUGUUCCGUGAGUUCUUAAUGUUCUGGGAGUUCUCCAGUGGAGCAGGCUGCUCUGUGAGUCAUGCAAGGACAGAGAUGAAAAGAACUUGACCAACCAAGACGAUUCCCCUUGAAUUUCAAGGUUAGGAGAGAUCUGGGUAUUAAACAGGGUAUGAUCUCCUCUUGAUGUGAAAUAUACGUGGUAUCUAGCUGAAGGUUUAAACAGCAAUCAGAGUUGUAAGGAUUACAGGGUUUGCUAAAGAUAAAAAUACUAAUGUGGAUGUUUCUCUGCCUACACUACUAUCUCUCUCUGUAUCUCUCUCUCUCUGUGUAUCUCUCUCUCUCUCUCUCUCUCUCUCUCUCUCUGUAUCUCUCUGUCUCUGUAUCUCUCUGUCUCUGUCUCUCUCUCUCUCUCUCUCUCUGUAUCUCUCUCUCUCUGUAUCUCUCUGUCUCUGUAUCUCUCUCUCUCUCUGUAUCUCUCUGUCUCUGUAUCUCUCUCUCUCUCUGUAUCUCUCUCUCUCUCUGUAUCUCUCUGUCUCUGUCUCUCUCUCUCUCUCUCUCUCUCUCUCUCUGUAUCUCUCUCUCUCUGUAUCUCUCUGUCUCUAUAUCUCUCUCUCUCUCUGUAUCUCUCUCUGUAUCUCUCUCUCUCUGUAUCUCUCUCUGUAUCUGUCUCUCUCUCUCACUCUCUCUCUCUCUGUAUCUCUCUCUCUCUGUAUCUCUCUGUCUCUAUAUCUCUCUCUCUCUCUGUAUCUCUCUCUGUAUCUCUCUCUCUCUGUAUCUCUCUCUGUAUCUGUCUCUCUCUCUGUAUCUGUCUCUCUCUCUCUCUGUAUCUCUCUCUGUAUCUCUCUCUCUCUGUAUCUCUCUCUGUAUCUGUCUCUCUCUCUCUCUCUCUGUAUCUCUCUCUGUAUCUGUCUCUCUCUCUCUCUCUGUAUCUCUCUCUGUAUCUCUCUCUCUCUGUAUCUCUCUCUGUAUCUCUCUCUGUAUCUCUCUCUCUCUGUAUCUCUCUCUGUAUCUGUCUCUCUCUCUCACUCUCUCUCUCUCACUAGCCUUGGGUACUGGAUGUGUGUAGUGGUGGAUAAAAGCUUCUCAUCUCGUAACUCCCCAUGGAUAUAACAUCAGAGGGCAGGAUAGGGAAUAGAUCCUGGAGUGAGAUCCAGGAAUGUUAGACCUCUCGCUGGGAGCUGCCCAUCACAGUCAGAGUUUCAGGCCACCGACGUAAACUAUAGCAGGAAAACCAGAAACAUGGAAAACUUCCGGAAAAGAUGGGGAAAAAAGACCAACGUGAAUCUGCUGCAGUACCACUGCUGGGAGUCAAGUCAGUGCUAUGUCUGCUCACUCUUGUCUGCUCUCCUCCUCGUAUUCCUGCUCUCUCUUUUCAUCGUCUCUCCUAGACUCUAUUGUUUCGGAGAGACAAUUUCCUAGGUGACGGUUGCUCGCCCAGAAGGUACCAGGUUGUAAACUGACUCAGCACUGGAAAUUGAGUUUGAAUUCAGUUUUGCCUGCUGUCUGUAUCUCAGUCCUGUGUUAGGCUGCUUCACAACUGAAAAAACAAGGUCUAAAUCCACAACGUGACUCUGAACUUCCUUUGACAAAUUAUAUGUGUGUGUGUGUGCGCGUGCAUGUUAAUCCGGAGGGCAUGCUUUUGAAUGUCCAUGACUAAAUUAUUUCUUAACCAUAAACUAUGUGCAGGACUGACUGAAAUGGUGGGCAAGUAUGUAAAUAGUUGCAAUGUGAUAUGUAACAAGCCUAUGUUUUUUUUAGGUGUUCAUGGGCUACACUGUUGAAUGAGGAAUCAAUUGGGAGCUUGUCUUGAGUCGCCCACGACGAGAUUAUUUCCGUUUUUGUGAUUGAAAAGGCCAUGGUUUAUUAACCUUUGUUUUAACUGCUGUCGUUCUUACAGAGAUGAGCUGUUGUGAUGUUGCGUCUCAGUUCUGCACUGUAUGGUUGUACAAAU